AUGUAGAGUUUUUAUUUGUUUCUAAAAAUAUUAUUGAUUGAAAAUUUGCAUUAAUUAAAUUCUGAUUUAAGGUUAUAUACCAAAUAAAACUUUUAGCAAUAAGAUUGCAAUAAUAACGAAGAAUUACAAAAAUACAAUUACUUUGAAGCAGCAAGUCAAGCUACAAGCAGGAAUUACACAAAUGGAGUUUAAUUUUCAAACAAAAAUCAAUUGAACAGAUCUAUUAAAAAGAAGAAAAAAUUAAAAGAAGAAUUUAGGUAUAUGAAGUUCUUCAUUUACUAUGGCAAUCAUUUUACUUUUAGCUGCCUUUACAUAUUAGUUAAUUAUUUCAAACCAUAUCUGUAUAAUAUAUCUCACAUUAUUUUUGUUUAUGCAUACUCUUUGAAUGUAACAUGGGGCAUUUAUGACUAAGAUUUUCUAAAAUUUGAUGAUCGAAAAACGAUUUCAUACGGAUAUGUUAAUGCAUUUUUACUAUGCUCUUGUAUAGAAGGUGGUAGUUAUUUUGUAAAGAGCUUUUUAUUUGUUACUGUUGGGCUCUUAUUUAUUUUAAGUGAUAGCUAUUCUAAUAAUAACUUGUAAACUUCAAAUAUAAUACGUUAUGUAUUCCCUUGCAUUCUUUAUUCUCUUAAACUUAGACAUGAGGAGAUCAUCAAAAGAUAGAUCUUCAUAUAAAAAAGACAUAUUAUUGAUUGGGCUAAUAUGAUUCAUAAAUAAUUACCUACACCAUUUGUGAUUGGAAAGUUUAAUAAAAAAGAGGAAAGAUUAGAGUACUAUUCAUCAAACUUAAAAGCAGAAAAGUAGCUAAAAAUAACUGAUAAUGAAUCCUUCAAUUAGUUUUUAGAAAACUGCUAUAUAAACGACUAUUUUAUUAGAUAAAAAAAGAAUUCUCUUUUAACUCAAUUUAUUUCAUAAUAAGAUAAAAAUUCAUUUUAAGAAAAUAGCUCUAAUUCAUCAAAUGUAAGGAGUGAACAAAAUUCAUUAAAAUGGAUAAUCAGAGAAAAGUUAUUCUUUUUGUUUACUAACAAAGAUACUCAAAUUUUACACAAUAAAGAAGCUGGCGAAUGCUAAAAGAUUCAAAUUUAACCUUAAAGGUAACCAAGCCCAGAAGAGUAGAUAAAGGAAUCAACUUAAAUACAUAAAAAUUUACUUUAAAGUAAUUUUUCUGGUAAUAUUAAUUAGUCAAAUUUACUAGAAGAUAAAGAUAAUAAUUUAUUAAAAAAGUAAUAUAGCUUGGUAUAAAAGCAAGCCAAUAUAAAUUUAGAAUAAUAAUUUUAAAGCUAGAAUUUUGAAAGUAAAGUGAUAAAAAUAGAUUAAGAAUAAAAAAAUAAAUUAAAUUUUAAUUUAACAAAUCAGAAAUUUUUAGACACUCCAAAAAAAUUACUAGUGAAUUCUCCUAGCUUUUAAGAGAGAUAUAUAAGUAAUUAGUCAUACUAAGACCUUGAUGAUAUGUCUAAUUAAUAACCAGCUUAAGAGCAGAUUAAAAAUUUAGAUUUAAAUAAAAAUUAGUUAAAUAGCAAUUUAUUUGACUAAGAAAGAUUUUAUAGUCAAAAUAACCAAACUUCAAAAAAUAAAAUGGAUUCUGAAGCGAUUUUUGAAAAUUUAGACAAUAAAUAAAAUAAUGAAUAAGGUUAAAAGGAAGAAAAGGUUAGAAAACAAAGCAUAUUUUUAUAAAAAGUUUAAGGGGCAGGUAGCUAAAAAUAAAAUUUCAAGAUAAAAGUAGAAUCUAUAUCAAAAUAAGUGGAAUUUGAUAUCAAACAAAAAACCGAUUUAAAUUAAAAUGAAUAAAAAUAGAAUCUAUUAAAUAUUGAAUAAAAUUCAGAUUAAGAAGAAGCUGUUAAUGUGAUCUACUUUUAAAAAAAAGAUGGUAAUGAAUCUCAAAAAAAAUACAGCUUGAGGUAAAAAUAUUUCAAGAAUAGUGAAUUGUAUGUAGUUAUUAUAUUGGAAAAUGAAAGUUUUAGAUCCAAAUACGAAAAAGAAAAACGUAAAAAUAAUAUUUUGAAUGCUAUUACUUCUUAGCAGGAAGAUUGUGUCAAGGAAUCUAUUUAAAAAAUAGAUUAAUUUAUUAAAUAAAAAUCUUAGUCGUCUGUUACAUUUGAUGAAAUCAUUCGAUAAAAACAAAAUCAUGAAACAGGUUAGCAACUAAGUUUUCAAACAUAAAAUUUUUAGUUUAUUUUAUCUACUUGUGCAAAUUUGUUUAUUAAAAAUGAAACUUAUAAAAUGUUUGGCUCUUUUUUAAGGAAAUAGUAAAUUGAAGUAUAUAGUUUAAAGAUAAAUUUAUUUUCAACAGCUUAAAUUGUAGCUAAUUCAUUAAACAAUAUUUAUUUUAAUUAGUCUAAAAUGAUCAUUGUAGAAUUAGAUAAAAAUGAAACUACAUAAAAUAACAAUUAAGAAAUUCUAGUAUUUUCUGAUGCUAUCAAAUUAAAAAUUUUAUUUUACAAUUUAUUUAACUUUUUCUUAGAAUCUUUAGACAAAAACUAUGUGAUUAGAGUAAAAUUCUCUCAUUAAAAGAGUAAUAACAAAUCUCAAUUUGAUUAAGUGAGUGUCUCUGUCUUCCUGCCAAAAGAGAUCGAUUAACAUAUUUUUAAUAACCAAAAUAUAUUUAAUUUAAAUUAUCAGAGCUUAUAUAAUGACUCUUAAAAUAUUGAAUUUUAGUAUAAACCUUUGUGGUAAUUAAGAACAGCGUUAAAAAUUUUAACAUUGUUAGGUCCUUACAAUAAAAUUUAGCUCACUUAAUAAGAAAAUUGCACUAUGUUUUCUUUUCUGGUAUAUCAAGAUAUCAGAAUCCUUUAAAAUAAAAAUGUAAGAGUAAUACACAAUCUUUUAUCUGAAAAAAAGGAUUUUAUUUUAAGCAGCCAAAAUUAAUGUAAACCACCUCAUAUAUAAGCAAAUAAUAUUUCUAAACUCUUUAAUUACAACUAAUUAACAGAUAAAAAGCUGUUAAGCUUUGUAAAUAAGAAGUGA